AUGGCCUCCAGCACAGAUGCGGGCGCGGCGGCCGCCACUUCCACGACGAUCGGGAGCGAUUCAUUUGGGCGCAGAAUGCCUUGGUUGGGAGUAAUGGCGUACCAAGACCUGCACUUGCUCGGAACUUUGAGUUUGUACACGAUGUGUCGGCUCGGAGACGAAUUAACCAGCGUGAUCGUGUGUUUGUCGCCCAAGAUGUUGCCGUCCAACGUGAAGUUGGAGGAAGGGAGGAUUGACACGCACGUCGGCGGUACCAACCAUGAUUCGUCUACCGUCAGCGUCCACGCCGUGUUGGUGGACGAGUCGACGGACAUGCGACGACCCUGCAUGGACGUACGUGUUGAGAUAGUUGACUUGCACUUGACGCCUGCAUGUGGCCCUGUGGUCCAUGUCGAAGAUGCAAAGGACGAGCGCUGA